AAGUGUUUAUAAGUUGGGUGAUUUCGGUGCGAGGGUGGAUUGGGAGGAAAACGAGUUUUUAGUUUUGUGUGACCAAAAUCUAGAAAGUGGUAAUAUUUUUAGCUAAAUUUGCAUAAACAUCAACUUUUCUUAUCACGUAAAUGUUACACAAGUUAACGCCUGCUCGUGCAGCAACGGAAAAAGCAAUCAAAAUAAUCGCCUAAGAGAGCAUCAUUCCUGUCUGUGCCAUAUUCGGAAACCAGUCUGCAAUUAUGGACAUUGCACAUUUGCUGAAUUAGUUUCAAAAUAAGCGGCAACGAUUGGAACCACAAACAUUUGCCAGUUGAAAUCAUGAGAGUUCACAGAUUGUUGGCGGUGCUGGUGCUGACUUCCUUUCUGCUGAUUUGGUAUUACAUCCUACGUGUGAACAAUGGAUUGUUCAGUGGUCUCAGUCUGGGGGUCAAUUCCACCUUCAGGGGAUUUAGUUUGGGUCGGAAAAGUAAUCGUUUGCUGGUCAAUGGAACGGAGAUUGCGAUAGUGGUGGUGGCCUGCGGCGAGCGGCACAACGAAGCGCUGAAUAUGAUAAAAUCUGCCCUCAUGUUCAACCGCAAUCAAGCGGCCCUUAAGUUUGUUGUCGUUGCUGAGGAAAAAUUGAAGCAAAAUUUCGUCGAAAAGCUAGACGACUGGCAGGAAAUCAACGAAAAUAUUUUCACCUACGAAAUACAUUCCCUAACAUUUCCAGAAGCUAAUAAGGACGAGUGGAAGAAGCUAUUUAAACCUUGUGCAGCGCAGCGGCUCUUCCUGCCGUCUCUGCUACCACACAUUGAUUCAGUAUUAUAUGUCGAUUCGGACACAAUUUUCCUGUCGCCGGUGCAGGAGUUGUGGUCACUAUUUCGCAGCUUCAAUGCGUCUCAGUUCGCUGGCAUGGCACCGGAGCACGAGGACAAGAAUGCCGGUUGGUACAAUCGGUUCGCUCGUCAUCCGUACUAUGGUGAUCUGGGAGUAAACUCCGGUGUCAUGCUAAUGAAUCUCACCCGAAUGAGGGAGUUCAAAUGGGAAGAGCACAUAAUGCCCAUCUACAAGGAGUACCGACUGAAGCUGGUAUGGGGAGAUCAGGACAUCAUCAAUAUACUGUUUCACCAGCACCCGGAUAGAUUGUUUGUAUUUCCGUGCGAUUGGAACUACCGAGCGGAUCAUUGCAUGUACAUGAGCGUUUGCGAUGCACCGGACGGUGUCAAAAUCAUUCACGGCAAUCGCGGAUACUUCCAUUCCUAUGUUCAACCCAUUUUCAACCUUCUCUACACAACUAUCGAGGAGUACGCUUUCCGAACGGACAUUCACUCCAACUUCAUCCGAACCGUGGAAGAUUCAUUGGUGCUGCCGAGCAAUUCGAACUGUGAUAAACUGCUGGACAAGUUUCUACAAGAUCCUAGGAAGUAUUUCAAACAGAACCAGUAUAUCGAGGAAACAUGAGGUAACGAAAUUGAAGACACCAUAGGAAACGAAUCGAAUCGAAUAAAAGUGAUUUCACUUACCCAGUGUGCUAAUGGGAGAACAAACAUGAACAAUCGCAACGAUUUCUACGCCCUUUCAUAUACGUAGCAAAUGCACUGAAUCAAAACAAAUUCAGGAAAAACUCGCCUUAGUUGAUAGUUUUCUUUUUUAAUGUUUUCAUGUUUAAGAAACGAUCUGUUUUAGAGUUGAUUUUUAAAUGUGUUUUCAUGUGAAUUGUGCAUAUGUAAAUUUUACAAACUUAGUCAAGUCAACCUCUUUGUGAAGAGUUCAAAGUAUUAAAUCGAACUAUGAUUUCAAAAAAUUGAAAUGUAAAUAGACGAUGCUUUUAUAA